AUGAUGGAACAAGACCCGUAUGUUAUCAAUUCUGGUCGGUCCUCGUCUGCCGGCAGUCUCAGAAGGCGGCUUGGACAGCAAGUGAAGCAUCAGAGCCAAAGGCAGCGUAGUGCCAAGAGCCAUUUACACUUUAGCCAAGUAUUUUUACCACGAUUGGUAGACCGAAACUUUCCGUAUCAUCAAUCCAGGAAUCAAAUUGCGGCGAAGAAUGUAAAUACUCAAUCUGCCGUGUCCAAGCUAUUGGUUAAAGAUUGGUUUCAUGUCUUCUUGCGACUACACUCAGUGAAGAGUGUCACCUUGCUGUUGGUGGUUUGGACCGCGGUGAUUCUCAUUUUUGCUGUUGUCUAUGUAAAAGUGGAUGAAAAGUACCUGGAAUAUGAUUGUGGAUUGGGAGACCCUGGCACUCCCAUUAGAUUCGGAACUUCCUUUGCCUUUUCCUUGGAGACAUGCACAACAGUUGGAUAUGGUCUUCCCGGCGGCAACAAUGGAUUCUUUCAAAACAAUUGUCCAUCCGUCCAAAUAGCAAUCUAUGCCCAAAUGACUUGGAGCAUGAUGUUCAAUGCGUUCUUGCUGGCCUUUUUCUUUACCAAAAUGGCGAAUUGCGAGAAUCGAUCCAUUCAAGUGGUCUUUGCCGACAAGCUGUGUGUCAAUGUUCGUGAUUUUACCAAUGACAAGGUCAUUUCCGACGAAGGAGAUGAGUACGCGUCAAGCCACCACGAUGCCGAUGAAGUCUAUCGGAAUUCGGGUGUCUGUGUGAACGUUCGAUGCUACGACAUUGAUUCGGCCUAUCCAGUGGUGGAAGCCCAUGUGCGCAUGUACAUGAUUGACAAGAAUCUCAAAUUGCACGUGCUCCGGAUCAUGCACCCGGACGACGACAUGGGCAGCAUGUUGUAUACCAGUCUGCCCACUGAAAUCAUCCACCAUGUGGAUCAUCACAGUCCUCUGGCGCCUUCCAAAUUCAACAAGCCACCCUUUCUGGCCAAGUCCCAUGGAAUGCCCUUUCGGGCCAUUGAUUCGGCCACGGGCAAUCGGGAUGAGAUCAUUUGUCCCGUUUGUGGAGAAGCCUAUGGAACCUAUGAACGAUUCCGAAAGCAUGUGGCAUAUCAAAAAAUGGUGGAGGAGCACGAUGAGUACCCAGUGGAAACAUCCCAUCGUAGUUUGGAGGUUCCCAUUCACAUUCCUACCGUGACGCUGGACGAUGUCCAACAAUACAUGAGUCAGAACAUGGCCGAAAUUAUUGUUGUGGUGGAAGGCAUUGAUCCCCAAGUUUCGGGGACCUUUCAAGCACUCCAGUCGUACAAGUACGAUGAUAUUGCUUGGGACGGUGAAUUUGUCCAAUGCCUGCAUAUUGACCAGAAUAAGUUUUCAGUGUGCAUGGAAAAAUUCCAUCAAGUGAAGCAUCUCGGUAGUCAGUCGCAACCCUCGUCUCCAGAUGCUUCCUUCAUUGCUGUGCCCAAGGAACACAAGGAAGACAGUGACCAAAUGGAUCUUGAGAAUGCAGACAUGGAACGGAGCAAUGGAAACGGUGAUUGCAAUGGGAAGGCUGAUUUCCACGUAGUCUCGGCGUAG